CUAAUUAUUGUUUCUGCUUAUUAAAUCUUUGAAUGAGCCUUCAUAAGUUGUUCCAACAGUUCCCAUACAUAAGAUAAUGUUAGUAUAAAUGAAUGAAACUAUAUCUGAAAAUCUAUAGGCUAGAAAAAAAAAACAAGGCACUGAGAUGAGACAGAGAGAAGUUAGUAGAUUCGGAAGGCUGACAUUAAGCCUUAGUAUCUGCUUCGAUCUCCAUAAGUCUCCCAAAUGGAGAAGAAAACAGAUGAGGAAGAGACGAGAGGCUAAAGAUGAAGGCGAAGAACAAGAAGAAGUCAAGAAGAGAGUAGAGGUGAUGAAAGCAGCCGCACAGGCUUGGCUCAGCCGCUCCCAAAACUCUGAAAGCACCGUUCUGGAGUUCGAAGCGCGAAGAAAGCAAGCUUUUGUGAGAGGUAAACCUUCACGUUUCAAAAUGGAGGCAUUGUUGUCUACAACAAAGAAGCAUCGUCAUCACUCUUUUUUGGACUGGGAAUACGGACAGUCCUUGUGGGAUCCAUACGAGAUUCUUUCCGUCUUUAAGAAACUGGAACGCGCACUCACGUUAGAAGAACAUACUUUCUCUGCGGACUAUGCCAUCAAGAAGAAGAAUAUGGACUGCAGAAAGAGCCUUAAGAGUUUGUUUACCAGUUCGUCUUCGAGGAGAUUUUAAACAAAUUCAUAAGUGAGUAUACAAAUACAAUACGAGCGUCUUCAUUUGCUCGUUUGUUUGCCAACAGUUGCAGGUGAGAUUACUUUUAAAUCUUUAAUUGAACAUUAAUAUACAUUCGUACGUUCAAAAUGCAAAAAAUGUUAUCAGCUGAGAAAGGGAAACCAUCAUCAAGCCAUAAAAUCAAUUUUAAAACACUGGUUAACAGGUUAAGCAUCAUUCCUUUAACUAAUCUGCCAGGAUGACAUAAAACACAUCGAAAUCAGAAGAAAGCAUGAAGUCUUAAUACUUAUUUAUUUCUGAUAAUAAACAUCAUCCAUCCAACACAGAGCA